AUGGUGGCGCCGAAAAUGCCCAGCUUCGAGGACGGGGAGAUCGGGGAGAACGGCGAGGAUCCCAGGGACGCGCGCGUCAAGAAGGUCUUGAUCUUCAAGACCACGGGCGAGAUCAUCUCCUCGUACGAUCGGCUCGAGAGCAAGCUGUUCGCGCUGGGGUGGCACCGAUACACCGGCGAGCUCGAGCCCAUGCUCGCGUUCGAUCGCGAGAGGAAGCAGUACUUCCAUCCAAAGCCCGGCUCCUGUUUCAUCAGCCUGCCCCUGGAUUUCGACAAGCUGCGCAUCAUCCACCUGUACGGGAUCGUCGUCCAGACGCGCACGGCGUUUGCGAUCCGCGAGAUCCCCCAGCCGCGGAGGAGAGGGGGAUAG